GUCCCUCGCACGACGCCUGCGCACCGCGGCUAGAGCGCAUGUGUCACUGGUGAGUGGCGGGCGCCGAGUGGGGCGACACAGACCUAAAGGCUUUAGGUUGUAGACAGUUUGUGAAAUGAGCGAUUCAGAAGAUGAUGAUAUACCUCAGCUUUCUUCGCACGCCUUAGCAGCCCUCCAGGAAUUUUAUGCUGAGCAGAAGCAGCUCGCCAUCCCAGGAAGGGAUGGUAAAUACAACGCUGGGGUAAUAGAGGAGAACUGGCAGCUGAGCCAGUUUUGGUAUAGUCAGGACACCGCUUUGCAACUCGCACAGGAAGCUGUCGCUGCUGCUGGAGAAGGUGGCAGAAUUGCAUGUGUGAGUGCGCCCAGCGUGUAUCAGAAGCUCCGGGAGCUGCACAGGGAGGACAUCACUGCAUACAUCUUUGAGUACGACAGAAGAUUCGCCGUAUAUGGGGAGGAAUUUGUCUUCUAUGAUUACAACAAUCCACUGGACUUACCUGGAAGAAUCCCUGAGCACAGUUUUGACAUCGUGGUUGUGGAUCCUCCUUAUCUGUCUGAGGAAUGUCUCAGGAAGACAUCUGAAACGGUCCGGUUCCUGACUCGGGGCAAGAUUCUGCUGUGCACAGGAGCCGUCAUGGAAGAGCAGGCCGCUCAGCUCCUGGGUGUGAAGGUGUGCAAGUUUAUUCCAGAGCACUCCCGAAACUUGGCCAACGAGUUCCGCUGUUACGUGAACUAUGAUUCUGGUCUGGACUGUGAAACCUAAAUUCACAUGGCAACAUCUAACAAUAAAGGACACCAAGGAAAUGUUUCCCAGUUUAUUCUUUUUCUGUUGAAAUGUGACCUCCCCCUCACUCUGCCUUGGACUGGGACUCUCCUGGCUUAAUUUUUUUCAAAAUAAAACUUAUCAUUGCUAUUUCUAUAA